AUGAAAUUAGUUCAAUCAGGGCUUGAACUUUUUGUUAUCUCUCUAACCUACUACUACAGAAAGUUUUGGCAUCAAUACUUGCGCCAGCCCUUCACUUCGAUCAGUAACUUUGCUGUGCGAGAUGUUUUCCGGCUACCACGCUCUUCUAUCCUCGAACGGUACACAAACAUCUUCUUUGUUUUUCUCAUCUCUGGCAUUUUGCACGUCAUUGUCGACAUUUUGCAGGGCCUGCCAGCACAUCGUUCAGGCGCGAUGCCGUUCUUCCUCUCAUUUGUGCUGGGUAUCAUGCUCGAAGACGGCGCGCAGGCAAUUUGGUGGCAUCUAUUUACCUCUGGUGAUAGGAAGACGCCUCGAAAAUCGUCUACUCGGGAGGCUGUCGUCCCUCCACUAUGGCAGAGGAUUCUUGGACUAUGCUGGGUCUGGGCUUGGCUUGCAGUCACCUCGACAUGGUACUUCACGCCCAUGAUUCAGUUGACCACAAAGGAUUCGGUAAUGAUCCCUUUCAGUUUUGCGGAGCGAAUGGGUCUUCCUGUUAUCUCUAGUGCUCUUUUAGCUAGUGGUGCUGUUUUGGCUUUUGCGUUUGAGAUUGAGAUUUGA